AUGGCUACGGUACUGUCCCGGGCGCUGAAGCUGCCGGGAAAGAAGAGCCCAGACCUCGGGGAAUACGAUCCCCUCACUCAGGCUGACAGUGAUGAAAGUGAAGAUGACCUGGUACUCAACAUCCAGAAGAAUGGGGGGGUCAAGAACGGGAAGAGCCCCCCUGAGGAGGUGCAGGACCCUGACUCUGAUGUGGAGGUUGGGAUGGCAAAGCAGCACACAUCAGAAAGCGCACCCGAGGGUUAUCCUGCAGAGACGGCUGGGAGUUUGGAGCAGAAGGCUGCUCCCUCCCUCAUGCCAUACCUGCGCACAGCGAUCUUUUUGCUCACUGUGGUGAUCUCGAUGAUUCUUGUGUUGGUGUGUGCAUUUCUAAUUCCCUGUCCCCCUAGAGACUUGCAUAACACCUGGAACCGCAACCUAGGUCAGGGAGCAGGUGGUGUGUUAUCCCCGCUGGAGCUGUGUGAUGUGAACGGUGAUGGGCUCCCUGACAUCCUCAUUGUCUUCACUGCCUUGAUGAAUGCUAGUGUCAUGGGUGUCUCCAAGCCCUCCGUAACUGUGGUGGCCCUUUCUGGUAUGAAUGGCAGCACCUUGUGGUCUAUCCAGCUUCCAGAGGAGACUCGGAGUGUGCAGUGCAAAGGGCUGUCACUGGGGGCAGCUGCAGAGCCUGUCUGCCUUGUUACAGGAGCAUCAAAAUUCCUCAGCCUUCUCAGUGCCUCCACAGGCAAGACCAUCUGGACACUGAACUCCAUCCACCUUUCAAGUGGGAUCCUGGCUGCACCAGCUGCAACUCUUCCAGAUGUAGAUGGAGAUGGGAUUAGGGAUAUUGUUGUUCUGGCUCUCAAAGAGACACAGCCUGAUGUGUUUUUCAUCUUGGUGUCAGGAAAGACUGGGACUGCUUUGGGUGGGCCUGUGAAGUACAACACCAAUGGAGAAGGGAAAGUGAUUGGGCCCCAAGUCCACAUCACCAGCCGGGGAGCCAUCUAUAUCCUGUUUGGUUUUGGAAAUGUUCAAGCAGUUGCCCUGAGGGAUAUCUUUACCCAAGCCAGAAACCGGGACAGCUUUCCUGCAAUGCCGCAGCAGGAGGAGCCGGAGUGGGAAAAGCGCAGAUCUGUCAACCUGUCAGAGCUCAUUGACAUUUACAGUGGGGGUGUUGACUUCCUGCAGAUGAUGAAGACACCUGACACUAACUGCAGCAACCUGCUCAUCACAACCAAAGAGGGUGUGAUCCUACUGCGGGGACAGGACCUGGAGCCCCACUGGACCCUGGAACUGCAGAACAUCAGCAGCCAGCCUGUACCAGGUUACUUCAAUGCUGACCAAACUCUGGACUUCAUGCUGCAAGCACAGACUGGCGAUGGGAGCAAAAAGGUGGUGGUGAUAGAUGGCAAAUCCGGCCUCCCUGUUUGGAACCAGGAACUCCCGUGGCAGAAACAACAACUCGAUGCACUGUCAGUCAUGACUUUGGACAAGAAGUCUGUUUUUCUCUUCUGGGCUGAUGAAGCACAGCCUGCGUUACAAAGUUUGCAACCUGGUCCCAGACCUGAGCGCCCAGGGCUGCACCACCUCUAUCUCCUCCAUCCUGUUUUUCCUACAGUCCUUUUGGACCUCACCAAUGCAACAGACAAAGUCAUUGCUUCAGCAGUUGGAAUUAACGAUCUCCAGAAGGAUGCAUUUCACAUCACUGUGACAACAACUGCAACCUCUGAAAAACAACCAGGAUUUCUCUCGGUCAGCAAGCUGGGCUUGAAGUGGGCCAUGAUGAGUCAGGGUCGAAUGGUGUGGCUAAAGGACACCACCACUCCAAAAAUCAGCCGUGGAGAAGUGAGGCGAUUUCUUGCCCGGCUGAAAUUUGUUGACUUUCCUCAGAAGCUCUAGCCUGGUGGUUCCUCAGAUUUUGGUUGGACCUGUGGCCUGUAUGGGGAAUACAGGAAGCUGCUCUGUGGAUCUUCAGGAAAACUGCUGUGUAGAGGGAAUGGGGGCUAAAAGCAGUUCCCCUUUCUUCAGCUCUCUGGGGAAUGCUGCUGGAGGCAGGUUUGUCCUAGGCAGACCUUUCCUGUACCAGAGGAACCUUGUUCAGCGUCUCCCCCUCCAUAUGCCGUUCUUGCAUGCUUCCUUCCAGGUAACACAGAAAUGUGAAUUUAGAAUUUAUAUACAUAUAUAUAUAUAUAAA